UGUCCAUAUGUAAUUACGAGAGUACAACAGAGGUAUUCUGUGUCGACAAAUGUACUUUAAAUAGCCAGUCAUUUUAAUGGAGACUUCAUAACAGCAAUCGUCGUUACAGUACAGUGUAAGUAAGAUGUGUUGUAAUAUUGUGAAUUCGGAUGGAAAUCUACAGAUACAAUAGGAAAUUCUUUCUGAGGCGUUAAUACAUAACAGUGCUAAUAGUGUUGUCAUAUUGACAGAGCAUAGUAGCAAGUCCAUGUAAACAAAGACAAGUUGUUAUAUAUAUGUAUAAGGAAAUGGUUAAUGUAACAGGGAUAUGAUGAGAAUAAUAGAAUCUAUCGCUAGUUAGUGUGUGGGAUAGAGAAAUCUCAACCACGAAGGUUUAGAUUUUUGUCCAGGACGAGGCUUGCCGAGUGCUGGACUAAAACCUUUGUAUACUGCUACCGCAUUUGAAACUGGAGCAUACACCACGGAAUCUUCAGUAAUUAAAAACGGUACUUUCGACAACAGAAUUACGUGCCAAUUUAUAUCGGUAGGUCAGUGCGUUUCUGCCGUAUUUCUACUUGUAGCGUAUGCAAAUGUAUAUUAGAUUGCACCAGAAAAAAAGAAAAUUUUAUUAUAGCGAUUAGAAAUACUAAAUAAUACCAAAGUGAUAUCAUCAUUGCCAUACUGAGAACACAAUCAACAUGUAGCUGCGAAAUAUGAAAAUACUAAUGUUCAGACUUUGUAUGCAGAUGGUCCUGGUUCCUCGCUCAUUUUAUCACCACAGGAGACCAACUAUACAAGGAUAGAGGGUGACACGUUACCGGACAUCACCUGUACAGCGGACUGUAGACCUGGCUGUACCUUUGUCUGGACACGGCCGGACAACACUAACUUUACUGUCUCACCUGUGUUGACACUGGGACACCUAGACAGAUCAGAACACGGAACAUACAUAUGUACUGCAUGGAAUGUUGGAGGGGAGUCGACUAUAGUGAUAAGUGUUUUUGUGAAAUAUGAGCCACAUCCGUAUCAGAUGCUGGAGCAAAACCAGACACUUCAUCUAUCUCAGUCAGAAACCCUUAUUUUGUCGUCUACAUUCAUCUCUAACCCGGCGCCAUCAUUCACUUGGACCUUCCAACCAUCGAAAUCAACUUAUAUUACGGUUCUGGUAAAUGGAACGGAUGACGUUAUUAUACAAAAUACGUUUGAGGGGAGGAAUUUGAUCGCUAUUUCAGUUUUGACUCGGACCACUUUACAGGAGAGCUGGUUUGGAUUAUAUAAAGUCACAGCAACAAACAACCAAGGAAGUGCCAUGCUUAGCUUCGCAGUUCGUGAAAAAAUGAACCCAGGAAUCCCAACAAAUCUGUUAAUUGGUUGUACCAAGCCUCACUCUGUUGAAGUCUCAUGGAGUGACGGAGGAGACUCUCAGUAUUACCUUGUUAUAUUCAGCACAGAUAGGUUUCUUAACUCACAGGAGGUUUAUCCGGAGACGAUUACAAAACGCACAGACGGAAGUGACGUGUAUAGUCAAAACAUAGACAAUCUGGAUGGAGGUCAUGUCUAUUUCUUUAAGGUUGUAGCGUACAAUAAGUAUGGAAACACAACAUCAGCUGGCGCUGUUGGCUGUACUGUUCAGGAACCAUGUUACAGUGGAACUGACAGUAUGUUUGUCCCUGGAAUGGUGCUGACAGUCACUGGCGUACUCACGCUUUUGUUCACGGUUGGAAUCGGGAUUUUUUUCAGACGAAAUGGAAGACUCUGCCAUUGCACACGUCAGCUUCCAGAACAGAGAGAAUGCCAGAAUAUGCAACUUUCAAAUCGAGACGGCAGGCCUCAAAGCGAAAAUGAAAGAUCUCCAUAUCAAGAACUUGAUACUAAUGAGGUUGCCAAGGCGUCCGUGUACUCGGAAAUAGGAGGACAUAAUCAUGCUAACCAAAUUGAUCCUUACAAUGAUGGAGAUGAUGGAAAGUACGAGUCGUUGGAAGGACGUUCGAAUCCAAACGUUUAUGAAGAACUUCAUAGUUAAACAUCUGGUAACAGAGGGACACACAUCAAUACUACCAUCGCUGGUACAGAUUAGGGUUGAUACAACAUUAGGGAACUUGUCAAUAAUUCGCUGUCCCAUCAAGCUGUGGAUGGAGACUGGGGAUCAAGAAGGACAUUGCCAUGUCGUUAUAUCUGUGAAAUGGAACAUUCAAUGUUUGAACUUUUAAUUAGAAAGCAUUGUUGUUGACAAACUAGAAAGCAUUACUGUUGACAGACUAGAAAGCAUUGUUGUUGACAGACUAGAAAGCAUUACUGUUGACAGACUAGAAAGCAUUGUUGUUGACAAACUAGAAAGCAUUGUUGUUGACAGACUAGAAAGCAUUACUGUUGACAGACUAGAAAGCAUUGUUGUUGACAAACUAGAAAGCAUUACUGUUGACAGACUAGAAAGCAUUGUUGUUGACAAACUAGAUAGGUCGUUUUUUCACGUCAUUAUCAAAUGCAGAAACAUACCUGACAUCCAUUCAUAUAGAGUGUGUAUACUAGUUACCAAAUUGAUGUGAUGUUUUGUGAUAUUUAUGUUUGACAUUUAUUACAUACCUAUGUAAUCUUACACUAUUGAUACAACACAUUUCAAUUAACGCUUUCUCUGAGUUUGUACCAUACAUGUGUUAUACAAAAUGUAGUAUCACGCUACUAGCUAGAACUACGUUUUAGGGGAAUUUCCUGUAUCAUCUCGACAGUGGAAACAGAGGAAUAUAUGACCAUAUUUUACUUCAUAAUGUUCUACAUUUAGAUAAAAUGAUAAUUAGAUAAGUAUUUAUAUAAUAAUCCGAUUUUUUUUAUAAUAACCGUAUCGACUAAACAACAAAUGUUUUCAUUCAAAUCAAAGCAUCUGUGCGUUUUAAAGAGUCAGUACUGCAAAGCUUCUAAACGAUCUUGUGAUUAAAAAUUAAGGAUUAAAAUAGAAACGAAAUAUCAAUUUUAAAAUAAUUUGAUUUCGAUUACUUGUGCUUUAUGCUAGCGAAUCACAUCAAUUAUUUACAAUGACAAUUUAAUAUUUCACUCAAUACUGAUCACAAUGUUUUUAUUUAGACAUUUUUAAUUUCUUCCAUUUCAUUUCAUUAAAGGUGUUUAUUUAGAAUUCUCAAUAAAUUCGCAUGCAUUGAAUUUGAUGACGUAACCGAAAGCCCACAUACUAUUAAAACAUGACGAUAAUAAAAACAGAAUAUCAUGAA